UUGUGUGUGUAUUCUUAAACCCACCCUCUUAAGGCUUCUUGGGUUUUUGGCGGCUGUCCGUUCUCCACGCCUUCCUUCUUUUCUCUUCUUAAACUUUCCAACACUAGGGUUUUUUCUUCACCUUCUCUUUCUGCCUCUUACUUUCUCUCUCUAAAUCUACACACUUGAUCUUUGGUUAUGGCCACUUCUGAUCGUAUCCUUGCUAACUUUACUCCUCUGGAAGUUGCAGAUUCACUGGAGAACUUGUCUUUGGAUUCUCAAUCCAAGACCACAAAAGCUCCUGAGCCUGUCAAGAAGGAUUUUUACAGUGACAAUGGCUCUUACAUGUACCCGCAAACUUAUGGUUACAUGUCAUAUGCGCCGUAUUCUAUUCCCAGUCCACCUCUUCCUGCUAUGGGACAUGAUGGUCAGCUACAUGCCUUGCAAGAGUACUACUAUCCAAGCCCUUAUUACCAACAACCUCUGCAAACUAGUCAAGCCAAUGCUUCUCAAGUUGAUGUUUCGAGUUUCGGUGCAACUGAUCAAUCUUCCUUAUCUGUUGAUACAAAUAAAGGAAAUUCAAAUGGUAUAACAAGUGGUGGAUCAGGGUCAUUAAAACCAACCUUGAAGAGUUCCUCUCUAAAUCCUAAUGCUUUUUACAAAGGAGGAGGCUUGCCAACUGGUAAUCUAUCUCAAGGUUACCAGGAUCCGAGGUUUAGCUAUGACGGGAUUCAGUCGCCAAUACCUUGGUUAGAUAUGUCCAUGUCUCCUAAUGGGCAAUCUGAACAAACUGCAAAUGGUGGGUUCUCUUCAUAUACAAACAACCUCUCAUCUGGGCGGAAUCAGAACCUUCAUCCCUUCCCUCAUGUCAUGAAUAUGCACAACGCAAGACCAUCAUCAGGUGUAGGCCAAGCAUAUGGAUACAUGAAUCACAUGUACCCUAACAAUAUUACCUAUGGUCAUUAUGGGAAUACCAUUAGAGGCGGUUCUGGGUUUGGGUCAUAUGGAUAUGAUGCCCGGAAGAAAGGUCUAGGGUGGUAUAAUGUUGGUAACAACAAAUCUAGGUUCCGUGGUUAUGGAAAAGAGAAUAUUGAUGGUUUCAAUGAGCUAAACAAAGGACCCAGAGUAAAAGGGUAUAAGAAUAAGGAUGGUUCUGGAAAUGCAACUCUAGCUGUCAAAGAUCAGAACCUUCCAUUGACCAAGAGCAAUAAUGAGGACAUUGUCUCUCUUGUUCCAGAUACAGAGCAGUACAAUAGAGAAGAUUUUCCUGAUAGUUAUUCAGAUGCUAUGUUUUUCGUCAUUAAAUCCUAUAGUGAGGAUGAUGUCCACAAAAGCAUCAAAUACAACGUAUGGGCCAGUACAUCUAAUGGCAACAAGAAACUUGAUGCUGCAUUCCGGGAGGCCAAGGAGAAGCCUGAUGGCUGUCCUGUAUUUCUACUGUUUUCGGUCAAUACCAGUGGACAAUUUGUUGGAUUAGCAGAAAUGGUGGGUCCAGUUGAUUUUAAUAAAACUGUAGAGUACUGGCAGCAAGACAAGUGGACUGGUUGCUUCCCUGUGAAGUGGCACAUCGUCAAGGAUGUUCCAAAUGCUUCAUUGAGGCACAUAACGCUUAAGAACAAUGAGAACAAGCCUGUCACCAAUAGUAGAGACACCCAAGAGGUUAAUUUUGAGCAAGGGAUUCAAAUUCUCAAAAUCUUUAAGGAUCAUUCAAGUAAGACCUGCAUUCUUGAUGAUUUUGAAUUCUACGAGACUCGUCAAAAGAUAAUCCAAGAGAAAAAGGCUAAACAUCGGCUUUUACAGAAACAGGUUUCGAAUGGGGAGCCUAAUGAUGAUGCUGUAACUGAUGACAAACGAAAUGCAGCCAUAGCAAAGGAGGUUUCGGAAAAAUCAACGGCUGCAUCGACGGCGGAGGUAGCAAAGGCGAAUGGAGAUGUUAAACAUGUAGAAGAGAAUGGAUCAGUUGUUGCAACCGAAGAUGGCCCCGUGAAACCGGUGUGUGCAGCUAGUGCUUGCUAAAUUGGAUUGGUAGAUUACUUUGGGUUUGUUAUGAAGAAGUUAGAUAAAUUGGUAUCAGGUAUUGGGACUGGUCUUAUAGCUUAUUCCUUAGAAUGUAGGAAUAGGUAAAAGCACCUUUUACAGUGUUAAAAACCAUUUCGCUAUGGGCAGAAUGUGACUGCUCAUUAGUCUUUAUAAGUUUUUUUCUUUUCUUUUUGUCAUUUUCAUCUGUUCUUAUUUUUCUUUGUUUUUCUUAAUGAGAAAGAGUUGACAAGGGAAAAAAAAAGCUUAAGCAGAAAAGUUUAGUCUUA